UCCCUCCCUGUACUCCAACCAUCCUCUCUUCAGCUACUUUUAGGCUUCCCUUUGGAAUCUCCCCCUCUUCACGAUUCAUCUUUCGGUUCAAGGAGCUUUAAAAUCAAAAUAAGAGUUUAAGGAAUCAUGAUUUGGCUUUGCUCUGGCAAGUUUGUCAAGUUUUCCUUUCUUGUAUGCUUCAUGAAUAUUGUAAAUCAAAGGUGGACAACUCUUUGGGGGGUGGGUCGACAAAAGGAACUUUAGUGGAAAGUAAUUGUAGCAAUAUUGUGUUUUGAUUACUGUCAGUUGAUUUAUAAGCUUUGAUUCGUAGAUGUGGUUGGAUACAAUUGUGUGCACUCCAAGUAUCCCUCACAAAGGGGAAAGAAACAUAGUCAAUGCAUCAUGAACCUAAACAUAGCACAAAGCCCCAACUACAUGUAAUCAGAAUAGUAAUGAAGAGUUCGAAGCCAAUCAAGGUUGGAAGACCUUACGCUCGAUGGAGCCAAUUGCAUGCAAAUUGCAGUUGGUAUCAUGCAAAGAGCGUGCAAGCUCGAGGCCUUUCGUUUGGAGAUGAUCACAAACUGAAGCAGCUUUAAUGGUUGACACAACAGACAUGUCUUCUACAAACAACAGCACCCCAUCAUCAAGCUCAAAUGGCGAUGAGGUGACAACCGCAACAGCAGUCACUGCAAUAAUAUUGUCGAUCGUGGUUGGCGUCGUCAUAAUCGUUAUAGUUUUCCUCAUCGUGAGGUGCUACCAGAAGACGAGAUCGCAAUCUGCCAAUAUAGCAGUAGCAGCAGCAGCAGAAGAGACCGUCAAUGCUCCCGGUUCUACACCUCCUUCGAUUAGUAUUGCCGUAACGAACGACUCGAGUGCUGCAGCUGAACCAAUCGAGAGAUUCCUCGAUGACAUGAUGAGAGACAAGCCCAUGAGGUUCACUGCACAGGAUCUCGAGCGCUUCACUCAGAACUAUGACCAGAAACUGGGAUUCGGCGGCUUCGGAGUAGUCUACAAAGGCCGGUUCCCCAACGGCGUGCCGGUGGCCGUCAAGGUUCUGAAGGCGGCCAUGAACAAGAGAGCCGAGGAGCAGUUCAUGGCGGAAGUCGGCACCAUAGGCAGAACUAACCACAUCAAUCUGGUGAAGCUGUACGGCUUCUGCUUCGACAGGUCGAUCAAAGCACUGGUCUACGAGUACAUGGAGAAUGGAUCCCUCGACCGGUUCUUGUUCGACGAGAACCACCGCAUUCCAUGGGGGAAGCUGCAGGAGAUCGCGCUGGGCACGGCCAAGGGGAUCCGAUACCUGCACGAGGAAUGCCAGCAGAAGAUAGUGCAUUACGACAUCAAGCCGGCGAACGUCCUCCUGACGACCAACUUCAACCCCAAAGUUGCCGACUUUGGACUGGCGAAGUUCUGCGACAGGGAGAGGAGUUACGUGACGCUCACCGGCGGCAGGGGAACUCCCGGCUACGCCGCGCCGGAGCUGUGGAUGCCGAUACCCGUGACUCAUAAGUGCGACGUCUACAGCUUCGGGAUGCUUCUGUUUGAGAUCCUGGGGAGGCGGAGGAACCUGGAGUUCCUGGAAUCAGUUGAGAGUCAGGAGUUUGAGUGGUUCCCUCGGUGGGUGUGGCAGAAGUUUGAGCAUGGCGAAAUGGAGAACAUAGUGUCAGCUUGCGGUAUAGAGGAGAAGGACAGGGAGAAAGCAGAGCGGAUGUGUCAGGUGGCUUUGUGGUGCGUGCAGUAUCAGCCGGAAGCCAGACCUUCGAUGAGCAGCGUGGUGAGGAUGCUCGAGGGCGAAGAGGAGAUCGUGCCCCCUACGAAUCCAUUCCAGUACAUGACUUCCCUCAGUGUGAGCCCCGCUUCAGGUACCGUGAGCGAAAAUACUUCCACGAGCAGAGGAACUGGAACAGAUGACAGUGAGUCAAGUAGUUCAAGACCAUUAAUAAGGAAUUCAGCUUGAAGCGCAUACUCUGCGAGUGAGUUUGAUGUGAUCUGCAAUCUAUUUAGGCCAUGAAUUUAGUGUUUCCUAGCAGUAGGUGAUGUGUAAAGGUGCUGAAAUGUUUUCUUUGUGGGUGACUUCCAUGUCCCCCUUCCAACAUCUUGACUUACCUUGUCCAAUGGAGGCAUGGCUGCUGCAA